AGCGAUUUACGUGACGCUGACAAGUUCAAAUAGAGCAGAAAAAAAGACCAGUCCUAGGAAAGCCUGGUUAUACAAGAGAUCACCCAAAUCACUGUACGAGGAAUCAGCUGAAUUCGAAUUUCCACCCCCUCUUCUUCACUCUCUAUAAAAAAGAGGGUUUGAAUUAGAAAUACAUCUGGCACAUAAAAAACCCUCUUGAGUUUUAACCACAGCUCUCCCCUUACUCACUCGUUCGUUCAAUUCUAGGGUUUACUCUUACGCAACUCAUCCUAUUCUUUCUGAAUUAUAAAAUUACAGGUGGCGUUGCAAUUCGUCUAUGGAAUAUGACCUCCACAACAGCAGCGGUACUGAUGAUGAAAUUGCACCAACACAUUUUGAUAGAGUUUCAGUAGGGGGCCAUUAUAGUGGUACAAGAAGGUUUGUACCAAAUCCAGCCUCGUAUCCAAGAAUGCAAUUUGACAUGGAAUCCCAAAUCCAUCAGCUUGAGCAAGAAGCAUACCGUUCAGUACUCCGGGCCUUUAAAGCACAGUCUGAUGCCAUUUCAUGGGAAAAAGAAGGCUUAAUUACAGAACUUAGAAAAGAAUUAAGGGUGUCCGAUGAUGAGCACAGGGAGCUACUUUCAACAGUUAAUACUGAUGACAUUAUUUGUACAAUUAGAGAGUGGAGAAAGGCUGGCGAGAAUCAAACAGGCAUGUUCAAUGUGUCCCAACCUAUACAUGAUGUGCUACCCAGUCCAACAGUUUCCGCAUCUUGGAAAAAGCAAAAGACAUCCCAGUCAGGAUCCCUAGCAUUUAGCAGACCCAUGCAGGGUUCACACAAUCAACCAGCCCAGCCAUUAUCUGCAUCUUCAAAGUGGGCAACUUCCUUUGAUGCCGGAGGACAAAAGUCCAGAUCUCUGGGACCACAAGUGCCUGGUCUCUCUGGACGUUAUGCAUCCACAGGUCCAACUCCAAGGGGUGUUUCGAAUGGUAAUGGAGCUCCAUCCCUCUUCUUGAUGAAUAAUAAUGCUGAGGUAGCGAGACGUGAUCCACUUAGUGGAAGGAAAGUAAUGACCAGAUGGCCUGAAGACAACAACUUUUAUGAGGCCGUCAUUACAGAUUUUAACCCCCAAGAUGGCCGGCAUGCUCUGGUCUAUGAUAGAAAUACCCCAAAAGAGGCUUGGGAAUGGGUGGAUCUCAAGGAGAUUCCUCCCGAAGACAUUAGAUGGGUGGAUGAUGAUGCAGGAUUAUCACAUCAAAGUGGUGUUGGUGUACAAGGACCUGGAGAUAGCAAUUUAAUUCAUGGAACUUAUCCAAAUAUUGGAAGAGGAAAGGGGGCCAUGAGGGAUCAAAACGAGAACGAAAUACCACUUUCAGAAAAUGGUGUUGUAAAGAAGGUUUCAGAUGAAAUUGAAAUACUUCAUACGGACACUCUUAUAAAGGAGGUUCAAAAGAUGUUUACUACAGCUCAUCCCAGUCUGCUUGAAAUUGAGAAGGCCAAGAAAAUGCUAAAGGAGCAUGAGCAAGCGCUAAUCGAUGUAAUUUCAAAGCUUGGAGAUGCAGCCAAUAGUGGAAGUGGUGCAGGGCAGAGAUCGCCACAUGGUCAAUCCAUGGAUAUAGAGCAAAGAUGGAGGAACUCCCUGUACAGUGGGAACAAUCAUGUCCCUGGCUCUGAACUUGAUACAAGGGGAGCAAGGGCAAAUGGCACUGCAGUGGCUAACGGGUCUCUAAACCAGCACGAGGAUGAUAUUAUUGAAAUAUGACGAAAUUUAAUUGCGUUGCAAUGAUUUCUGGGUCUUGCGAUGGAGUUCAUGCUUAUAUGUUUUGUAUUGGACUAGAAAGAGCGCAUGUAAUUGAACUAGAAAGAGCACAGAUAAUAAUCUCUCUGGAACUGUAAGAAGGAAGUGGCUUGUAGCAAUUGGAAGAACCUGGUCCUUAAUAUUGUAUGCUACACAGCUUAGAAUCAGAUUGUACAUCGCUCGAAUUGAAUGAAUAUGUACAAUCUCCAUUGUGUCUCCA